CAGUGUCCGUGAAAAUAUAAAGCAAAACAACAAAAGAAAUUUGCGUCUCGAACUUUUCCGAUCAUCGGCGAUCGUCGUGAAAGCCGAUGUGCGUCAGCGAAAAUGGCCCUUUCCAACGUGCUGAUUCUUAGCCAAAUCGCUGGCCAUGUGUUUGCAUUUAUCCUAUCGAUGUGCAUUUUCAUUCCACUAGCGAUCCAUGUGCGGUCAUUUGAUGGCCACUGUUUGCUGUUCACCACCGGGACUUGGCAGGAAAAGGACGGUUUGAUUGACCUGCGAUGGGCAUCGCAAGCAUACUGCAGCUACCCGAUCGUCGUAGGCGUUAGUCUUUUCAUUAUAACUGGUGUGCAAAUUUACAGGAUGGCACUGCUGGCGUACCGGGAACUGGAAAGCUCCUUCCUUGGCCUAUUCUUCGAUGUGGUAUUCAGCGUUUCGCAGUGCGCAAUGACCCUAAUUGGUGCCAUUAUUAUCACACUAGGCUUCAUCACCUGGUGCGAGCAGAUGACGGAACGGUUCCCAUCAUGCGAAAUAGCGGACGGUCAAAACAUUACCAACGUAGAGCUGAACAUUGUAACGUCGGGAUUCUACAUCGAGAUGGGCACCGCACAGUUCGGAGCCUGGGCAUCGUUUGCCAUCUUGGUGGGUUUGUCCGUUUUCGCGCUGCUUAAACUGAUAAACAACCAUCAGGUCCGCAACAUUCGCGUGUCGAUGUACAUCGAACGGCAGCGCUUGGUAAACGAAGACGUUUACCGGGGCACCACAUCGGAGGUGCCCGCUUCGGCAGGAGCUUUCAGUGAUAAUUAGGUGGCGGCCUCGGGCGCACAAAAGUCAGCCAUCGACUCGAAUGGAUUUGCUUGUACGAACGGCGUAAACUCCGGAUGAAGCUGAGAAAAAUAUGAUUUUUCUGCCGCUUCGUUCAACCAGGCAGUACACCGUUGUAAUUUUUAACUCUAUUCGAUUUGUAUAGGUGUAUCGGAACUGUGAAGUCAGAUGGUUGGACAUGUAUUCCAGUGUAAAAUGUUACUGUAUCCUUUUCGAGACCAUUCGGCGAACGUAGCUUACGCUAAAUGAUGCGAAAUAAAUUAGAGCAUAAAAUAUUC